CACCAGCCCCGGAAGUGGCGGCCGCUGCGGAGGCGCCGGGCGGGAUGGGGGAGUCGAUCCCGCUGGGUGCGCCCGUGCCGGUGGAACAGGCCGUGCUGGAGACCUUUUUCUCCCACCUGGGCAUCUUCUCCUACGACAAGGCCAAGGACAACGUGGAGAAGGAGCGGGAGGCCAACAAGAGCGCGGGGUCCAGCUGGCUGGCGCUGCUGGCCGGGCUGGCGCACCUGGCGGCGGCCGAGAAGGCCUAUCACAGCAUGACCUUCCUGGGACAGAAGCUAGGUGGUCAGUCAUUCUUCAGCCGAAAGGACUCCAUCCGAACCAUCUACACAUCUCUGCAUAAUGAGCUGAAGAAGGUGGUGGCGACGGGUCACAAUGCACUAGGAGGAACAGCUCCUCACUUGGAAGAGCUGCUUUCUCACCUGUCUGAACAGCUCUGUUUUUUUGUUCAGGCUCGGAUGGAAAUUGCUGACUUCUAUGAAAAAAUGUACACGCUCAGCACCCAAAAGUUCAUUAACUCUGAGGAACUGGUAAACAUUUUGGAAUCCAUCUUAAAGAAAUACAGCUCAAGAUUUCAUCAUCCAAUCCUCAGUCCUCUUGAAAGCAGUUUCCAGCUGGAAGUAGAUGUGCUUGCUCAUCUCCUAAAGGCUCAGACUCAGAUCUCAGAGUGGAAGUUCCUUCCAUCCCUGGUCAACUUGCACAGUGCUCACACAAAACUACAGACGUGGGGUCAAAUUUUUGAGAAACAACGAGAGACCAAGAAGCACCUGUUUGGAGGGCAGUCUCAGAAGGCUGUACAACCUCCGCACCUCUUCCUCUGGCUGAUGAAGCUCAAAAACAUUCUCCUUGCCAAGUUUAGCUUUUACUUUCAUGAGGCCCUUAGUCGACAGACAACAGCAUCUGAAAUGAAAACUUUGACUGCUAAAACAAAUCCUGAUUACUUUGGGAAAAUUUCCAGCUUCAUCCGGAAGUAUGAUGCCGUCAAUGUUUCCUUAAUUUUUGACAAUCGUGGAUCAGAGAGUUUCCAGGGACAUGGUUAUCACCAUCCCCAUUCAUACAGGGAAGCCCCCAAAGGAGUGGAUCAGUACCCUGCGGUGGUGUCUCUGCCCAGUGACAGGCCUGUUAUGCACUGGCCCAACGUGAUCAUGAUUAUGACUGAUAGAACCUCUGACCUCAACAGCUUGGAGAAGGUUGUUCACUUCUAUGAUGACAAAGUCCAAAGCACGUACUUUCUGACGCGCCCUGAACCUCACUUUACCAUUGUAGUUAUUUUUGAAUCCAAGAAGUCAGAAAGGGACUAUCAUUUUAUUUCUUUUCUCAAUGAAAUUUCACAUUCCCUUAAGAACUCCAAAGCUUUUGCGAGCUUGAAGCCUGGAUCCAAAGGGUGAAAUACAGACUGUUUAUAAGUUGUCAAGGCAGUAUGUCAGCCUUGAGGGAGCUGUAGCUUUCAAGAGUUACAUAAAUUUAUGAUUCUCAGAGUCUAAUUGAAAAGGAACUUUUUUUUUAAUGUUAUAAGUUCCUUUCUUUUAAGCUAGCAGACACUUGAAAAGUAUUUUUGGGCAGUACUCAGUGGGGCAAUUUAAUUGUGGGGUGCUAAAUAGCCACAGUGGGAUUUUUUUGGUGUGGUUUUCAGUAUUCAGUAUGAUUUAUUUUUUCAGUCCAACAAUUUUGUUGCCUGUAUCAGAAAGGAGUAUAUGCACUUUAUCUUAGUCUGAUCACUGACUGUCUUCUACAGAGUUUAUUGAAAAUGUCGUAAGGAUGUAUCUUUUCAGAAAACAGCAUUGCCUGAGAGGAAUGAUUUCUGGGAACUAAAUGCUGAUGCAAGGGAAUAUUAGAAAAAGUGAACCUGCAAGGAUACAUUUUAAAUAAAAAUAUGAGAAUCAGGAAAAGCACUAUUGUUAGUUAUAAUUUAGUUUUCAAAGGGUUUAAAAUGAUAAUUGAGGUCUCUGACACUCUCUGUUAAGCACCAGUCUCAGUUAUAAAUGCCCUGUGUCACAAAACUUGGUCAUUGCUCCAGAACCUGGACUGGGGCAAGAAAAACGGCAGCAUGGGCUGGAAGGCCAGUAUUCACCGGAGUGCUGUGACAGUGUGGGUACAGGAAUAGUCUUGGCUCAGACUAACUGAAGGAGACAAGCUGAAGUUGCACAGGUGUUCUAGAAGGAACAACUCCACGGAAAAAGCAGCAAAGCUGUUUUCAAAUUGUGCUUUUGUCUGGCUAACUUAAAAGAGAAGCAAAGAAAGGCAGUAGGAAAUGCCCUUUGUAAAUGAUUUAUUUUCUAGUUUGCUGUUCAUCUCAACCUGGAUUUGUUUUCAGAUUUUUAUAAAUGCAUAGUUUUUUCAAUCUGUUCAGUUUUAAAUAAUUUAAUAAUUAAGCCAAAACACUGGGGAUUUGGAUUUAAAUAUAUAGCCUAUGCAGUGUGUUUACCUCAUUCUAAAAUGUCUCUUUCACCACUUCUAGACUGCAAGUUUGGAAAAAGUAUAUUUUCUAGUUACCCCAAAAGUGCUUUAAUUUGGAAAUCAGUAUUUCCAAAUACAAUAAAAGGGUCAAUUUGGCUGUACCUGUAGCCUUACAUUGCAGGGUUCUAACUGUUAGCUAUGCAGUUGUGCACAUGCUUUUAUGGGAAUUCAGGAGCACUUAUAUACAUAUAUAAGUGUAGUAAAAUUAAGUCAGUAGUUGACAUUUGGUAAAGUGUAACAUCAGGUUUAAUUUAAAAGGGAGCUUAGGUCAAAAUGUUGGUUUCUGUUAAGACUGAAAUAUGAAAGGUACCAUUGCAAACGUGUCUUUUAAUGAUUCCCUUUCUCUCCCACUUAAAGUUCUGGUAACUUGUCUUGCCUGGCUGCAAGUGCUGAUUUUUUAACAAUCAUAUAAGCACAUUCUGUUCUCAAAAUGCAAGCUCUGACUUGCCACUUUGUGCCAAAUGGAGCCUUCUGUGCUUUGCUAUAACUGUUGUGAAUAUCUGUGCUAUUGCCUUUCACCUGAAGUCUCGGUCUGACUUCAGCAUCACUCUCAAAAGCUCAGUCUGCUCUUUGUUGCUGGAAAAUAACCAGAGUUGCAAAUAUACCAGAAACUGGAGGGUACCUGUUUGUGAUAGCAUUACACUUUGCAGCUUGAAUUGCUCUUAACAGGACAAAGUUGCAAAUGACAGUAUUGAGAGAGUUUGAGUGCUUCCCUCUGUGGGACAGUGACCUUGUAAUAACAUUGUAAUUUUGACUUCCUCAGCCUGAGUAACAAGAAUCUGUUGCUAAAACUGAUUCCCAGUCUUCAGCAGUGUAAUAAAGUGUUGUACAAAGUCUGUCUGCCUGUACAAUAUUUCCCUGUCAUACUAACUAUCUAUAGAAAAGAGGAAAGAAAACAGGAAAGAGACUGUGCAUGGUACAGGCACCUUCUUGUUCAUUUCUGAGCUGCUGGGGAUGAGUUGGAAGAAGUGAAGGAGAAAUCUGGUGCCCUUUGGAGCAGCUUUUACCGGUUGUUGAAAUGGCUAGAGGCUGUUCCCAAUGGUUUUUAUGGGGAGAGGAAAAGGAGGUGACUGUUCAGCAGACCUGGUAGUUCAGUUCCCAUGCUCCUGCCACUGUGUUUGGCAAGUGGUGUCUCAGAAUAGGGAAGGGAUGUUAGGUGAUGUUUCUGUGCAGGAGGAGGUGAGACCUGCUUUGCCUCUUAUCAAUUCUAAGGUGGUUUGCUGCAGUUUUCUUCACAGAAUCUUGGAGAAGCAGCCAGAGGGGCCUUCUGACUCAUGGGUAAGAAGUUCUGAAUAUUUUGGUUGAUGAAGAAGCAAAGGGAGCCAUAACCAUUACCCUCAUGGUGUGGGAAGGGAGGGAAUGGGAGAGAUGUGCAGGCAGUGGAGAGAAUUGGGUGCUGGAGAAACUUUUGUGGAGCUAUCUGUGUUUCAGAGUCCUGUCCCUGAUACUCUCCUUGUUAAGAUCUCAGCCUUAAAUUAAUACAAGAUGGGAAGCAGAAAAUUGAGACUGUAGGAAGUAGCUUGGAUGACAACAGGUGAAGCUGAAGAGAGGUGACGCUAGAGUCAGUAUCAAAUAGUUUUGCAGAGUUGAGGUGUGCUAUACCAAAAACUGUGUGUGCGGUGUGAGUGUGUGUGAUGAAUGAAUAUAGAUUUGUUAAACCCAUGAAAAAUUCUGGCACAGUUCUUAUUUCUUGCUUUGAGGAGUUUGUUUUAAAUUACAGAUAAGGUAGUUGGGAGUCUGAGUUGGGUUCAAACUGAAAGAGGGAAAUUUAGGUUAGGUAUAUGGAAGAAAUUCUUUGCUGUGAGGGUGGUGAGGCACUGGAACGGGUUGUCUAGAGAAGUUAUGGACGCCAUACUUGAACUGGUGUUCAAGGUCAGGUUGGAUGGAGGUUUUAGCAACCUAGUCUAGUUCAAGGUGUCCCUGCUCAUGGCAAAGGGGUUGGAACUAGAUGAUCUUGAAGGUCCCUUCCAAUCCAAACCAUUCUAUGAUUCUAUAUCGAUGAUGUAAAAUUGGCUAGACCAGUAAUGAAAACCUGCGUAAUUAAGUAAGGAGGAGAAAAUGUCUGUGGAGUAAGUAAAGGAACCAGAAACUCAGUAACUGGAAAAAAAAAUAUAUUCGUUACUAACUUCAGUACUGGAAAGAUUGAUCAGUCUCUUUACUGUAAGAACUGGAAAACAAAUACACUUUUGCUGAGCUGGGUGAUAUCCUGUCUGGCAGCUUUUCCUCUGCACCAGUGUAGCUAAGCAAGAUUAAAUGUACUAAUGUGCUUUAAAAGUCUUGUAUAAAUUACUACUUCAAGUGCAAGAUAUAAAGAUGUUUGUGAUGGUGUACUGAAAGCCAUCACUUCCAGACAUAUUUAAACAUUUUUAAAACAGGUACUGAGAUUUGAUAUUCCAAGUGCCACUCAGAUUGCUUAUAAUAGCAGUGUGGAAGCUUAUCUUGCAGUAAAUUGCAUGUACCUCAUCACUUACUUCAGUCCAUGAGGAUUUUGGCAGAAUAUUUAAUUUAGUAACCUUUUGCCUGCAGUGUGAUUUUUGACAGCAAAUGUAUUCUAAGAACUCCUAGGUGUUUUAUAUUUAUGUCUUGUAAGCUGUUUUCUUCAACAUGUGGUGUUCAGUUUUUUUUCUUAAAUAAAAUAUCUUUCCUUUUCUCCUGCCUUUGCAUGAGGAGAGUGCAGGGAAUGGAAACUAUUAAUAUAUUUUGCAUCGUGCUGCAAAGGACCGCAACAUAUGCAUAAUAUUCAGAUUUUAAUGAUCUAAAAGUAAUGUAAGUUCCUGGUACCUAUUUGAAUACUAACACUUAUUGUUUAUCUAAUUGACUUUAAAAAAAAAAAAGUCUGCACUAUAACUGGAAGCAAUUUUAUGGCACUCACACAAUUAAUUAUUGCUCUGACCUGCUCUUCAUAUACGAACCUUUUGAAACACUUGUGAUCAUUCUAGUGGUAGUUCUUUGAUAUCAUUUAUCUGAGGAUUCCUUGUGUAGGUCAGUCUGCUGCUGCCUUUUACUGCACUGGGUCCUGAUCUUCUCAUAACCAAGCUUUGCUUAAGAAAAUCAGCAGUGUGCUGUACUUCAUUCCUCAAGUCAAUGUAGGCCCAGUGCCUACAACCCCUCCUCUUGCAGUAAGCACAGCUUGGCUCGUCCUGGGCUUGUGGUCAGCUUUGUGGUUGCUUCCAGAAGUGCUGGUACUAAGCUUAGUUGGCUGGAAAAUUUGGUGUUUCUGCCCUGUUUUCUCCAUUAGUCCUGUUUUCAGACUCUGAAAGAUGUAAGCCAGCCCUGCCAAGGUGGAUGCAGCUGAGGCCAAGCACUGUUUAUUUGCUGGGGCUCUGCCUGAGCCUCAAGAACGGUAGGUCAGUGUCCUGCCUGCUGGGGACAGCUGUUGUGUGGCUCAGCAGGGAUGGCCUUCGGGCUGCGAUUGUGCAAAGGCAGGAGCCGUUAUGGGAAGAGCAGGAGAGGCUCUGGAAAUGAGAAUGCUGACAAAGGACAGCAACAGCAUAAUGCUUUGCAGAGCAGGCAGAAAAUACAGAAGUCAAAUGUAAGAUGGAAUUGGACUUUGAUUUCCUGUUAGCAAAGGACUGAUUUAAAGAUUAAGUCUCCGUUGGAGGAUAAAGGUAUCAGAUUUUUGCCAUGAAACUGCUUUAGGUAUUCAAUCAUUUUCCUCCAGGAACUGCCUCUUUCCCUCUCUUGUGCAUGAACGCAUUCAACGUAUUGCCUGACUUAUUUUGCAGUUGUUAUGGGGCUUUUCUGGGAGAGUUUGCAGGCCUGAGUUCAGUUCUCUCCUAACUUUCAACAUGGCGUUGCAACUGCUGGGUUUGUGGUUGGGUAACAAAGUUCUCUACCUUGCAGCUGGGACCUGGCUGUGCCCUGGCCUCACGUAGCAGCAUGAGAAUAGCAAAAUGAGGGAGGAGACAAGUCACUACAAGAUGGGCUGGAGCGGGUGACAGCUCUGGGACAGACAGGCAGGGAGAAAACAGAUGCUGAAGGACUGCAUUGCAGAUGGACUGUGAGCAGAAGGUUUUUGUUGGCCCCUCUGUGUUGUGGCCUAAUUUCACAGAAAUCCAUAUAGAUUUUAUGUCCUGAAAAAGCUAUGCUAGACCCCGCCUGCAGUUGCAGCUGCUUGUUUUAUGUGACUUCUUUGAAAUAACUAUACUGUUUCCAGGAUGGUGGUGUUUAAUCUUUAGGUACCAACAAUCUUGGCAAAGCAGCUAUUUUUGGGCAGGUGAUUAAGGCAGCCUUUGUGGUAUCCCAUUGUUAGAUGGGAUAUGCUGCUACUGUGCUAUAAGUGAACAUCUGAAGCUUCAGAGCAAUGCAAUGUUGUGCUUUAUUUGUGCAGGUCACUGCUGAUAAGAUAGAAUAUGUAGUGGCACUAAGCUUUUGUCUCUGUGGUGUAUGCUUCAUUUGCUACAAAGGUACUGAGAGGUUUUUUAGUGUGUAAAAGUUGAAUUGUUCAGAUCAGAGCCAAAAAGAGCCAGCAUCACCAUGAUCCUGUACUGGGAUGCACAACAUGGAACCAAGAAUUGUAAAUUUCCUGGGGAAAGGAUGACGUGAUCUUGAGCAAAAUGAGGGCCAGCAAGAGAUGCUAAGGGAGGCUGGAGGUGUCUAAUUCCCAGCCUUUGAUUUUGUCUUGGAGUUAGUCCUCUCUGAGAACACAAGCAGAGGGCAUUGUCUCCUGUAGUACAGAAUGGCCUGAUGGUCUCUUAAGCAUUUACUUCAACCAAGUUCAAUGUUGUCUUUCACCAGAGGAUUCCAAGUCAACCUCUUCACUUUUCUGUGUGGUUGUGCAGAUGUUCAGCAGAGUCUCCAGGUAUUUCCGCUACUUUCUCAGGUGAGGAGCAAACUUCCUCUCCCUGGAUCAUUCUCUUGGCAAAUGGGGGAUGAGAGGUUAAAUUGUCUGAAGAGGAGAAACUCAUCUGCUUUGUGGGUGGGUGCAGUCAUCACUGUGUGAACAGUGAACAGUAGCAAAAGGACCACCCUGCUUUCAGGAGGAUCGAGGGUAGUGACUGCAGCCUGGAGUUGCACAUCCUCCCAGUGUGAUUGAGUCUGGUUCUUCAGGGACUGGUAGUGAUGCUUCCCCAAGGACUGCCUGUGACUGCCUGAGACCUCCAUAUCACCUAGAGGUAAAACUCCAGGAAUGUACAAGGCUUAAAGAAUGAAAACUUGGGUUAUGGUACCAUGCGUUUAAUGUGAGGGAUCAACAUUAGACUUGUAGUGGGAGAGCUGAGGCUGCUUUUGCCUCCAGCAGUACAGCUGGCUCGUGUCCCCACUCCGAGAGAUGCCAGCUCUUAUCAGAGGGAAUGGGGUGGGGGAUUGGGAGUACUAACAGGUUUAGCCUUCUGUGUUUAAUCUGAUGAUGCAAAGCUGUCCAAACUGUUUAAAAAAGUUGGUGGAUUAAUUCCCAUUCUAGGUGUAGAGCUUGCCUCUGAGUAAAGUGCCUGGAGCUCUGCUGAAGGCAAGAUGUGUAAGCUGAAUAAAAGCUAUCUUUCCCUUUUCUUCAUGCAUCCCUGUCCAGAGAGAGAAAGAGCAAAUUACUUUGAACUGUCAUUGGAUAAUAGCUUUUUGGAAAAAACCUGAUCCUCAUUUAUCGUUACAGAAGCAAGGACUUACUGCAAUGAAUCAAGUUUUCACCCCACCCUCCUAAGAAAUUUAUCUACAAUUUCACCUGCAAAUUCAAUACAGUGGGAUGUAGCUGAUGAGCUAUCUCCACAGUGAAGUUAUACUCUGCACUCAGGCUGGCUUUGCUUGGAGGACUCCAAAAUUUUGUACACUGAGUUUUCCCAAUACAGCAGUUGCCUCAGGCUGGCUGACCUGCUGACUGUACCUCACGGUGAGAAAAGUGGGAGGCAAAUUUCCAAAGCUGUGCAUUACUCACUCUCAGGUAUAAAAAUAGAUGAGUAUAAAUCUUGGUCCAGCCUAGUGGGAUUUGUGGCACUAUCUAAUUUUUCUUGGUGUCCCUGUAGACUGAAAUACCCCUUAGACGUAAGGCUCUCAAUAUCUAAAUAUGCUGUGGAUGCCUCAGGCUCAUCUGUACUUGGGAAUGAUUUGUUAAAACAAUGGCUGCUACAUUAGGAAUGGUUCAUUUUAGUUGUUUCUGACUGAAAUUAUAGGGGAAUGGUGAAAAAAAUCCCACCACCACCUUACUCUUGAGUUUGUAGUAUGUCCAAGAAGGAGGUGCAAGUUCAGAGACAGAAUAAUCACAAGCUCUUGCCAUAUCUACCUUUAAAGCUGUCAACCAAAGUAUCUUCAGGGGGCUGAUAAUAAUAUAUUGAAAGUGUAAGGCUCAUGCUUCAGAGUAUAAUUUGCUCAUCAAGCACUGAGGGACUCAUCUGUCUGGAAGGUUAUUCUGCAACUGUGCAUUAAAGGGACUUUAUUGUUUUAUGCUUUUCAUGUUAGCAUUUUCUUAAGCACUUACAAAAAUAAGGUAUGCUUGAAAAGAGCCAGAUACAGCUUUUUCAAAAGCUGCGAGUUUCACAGACUGCAGAGUGUGGGCACUUAAUUCAGCGCAGGUAAACAAAUUCCUAUUUGCAAUUUUUGUGCCAUUUCUUAAUGCAUAUGAUCAAUAUGUUAAAUUACAUUUUUGCCUCAGUAAAGCCAGACAACUGCCACUAGAGGGUAGUGUUAAUACAGAAAGAAAAAAGUAAUUUGUAAUCUCUUUCCAGAAUAAAAUUAUACUCUCCUAUGCAUGUAUAAAUAUGAGAUAGAUUUUACUGCUCUAGUCAGAUUUGUUUGAAUCUUUUUGUCUUUCUUCCCCAUAGAGUGAUUUAUGUAGUUCUGUUUCAGCUGUAAACAGCAAUAGCGGGUAUCUCGUUUCAUACCUUAAUGUAUAUAUGAAUACUAAAAUGAUGUUGUUUCCUCUUCUUUGUGAGAAACUUUUCUAUUGAAUUACAAAGAAAAAGCUAUAAAAGA